AUCUGGGCAAAGCAUGAGGUGAUCUUACAAAUUUUUGGUGAUCUGCUUCAACUAUCACUCUCGAACAUGACUUCCACACCGACAUCCCGGAUCCAUUACAGCCCACCAUGGGGAGACGCAUCCAUUAUUGGAGUGGCUGGGAGCUCAGGUUCUGGGAAGACAUCACUUGCAUUGGCUAUUGUGGCCAGUCUAAACCUCCCUUGGGUCGUUAUUAUGUCUAUGGACUCGUUCUACAAGCCGUUAACCCCAGAGCAAUCGGAGAGGGCGUUCAGGAAUGAUUAUGAUUUCGAUUCCCCAGAAGCUAUCGAUUUCGAUGUCUUAGUGGACAAGCUGAAGGACAUAAAGAGCGGCAAAGUAGCGGAAAUCCCUGUCUACUCAUUCGAGAAGCAUGCCCGUCUCCCCCAAACUACCACCAUCUACUCUCCCCACGUCCUCAUUGUAGAAGGUAUUUUUGCCCUACAUGACCAGCGCGUCCUAGACAUGCUCGACCUCAAGAUCUUCGCCGAGGCAGACGCCGAUCUGUGUCUUUCCCGACGUCUGACUCGAGACGUCAAAGAACGCGGCCGCGACAUAGAAGGCUGCAUCAAGCAGUGGUUCGGCUACGUCAAGCCAAACUUUUACAAAUAUGUCCAGCCGCAGCGUGACAUCGCCGACAUCAUCAUCCCGCGAGGUAUAGAGAACAAAGUCGCGAUUUCUAUGGUGUCAUCGCAGAUCAAGAACACGUUGUCGUUGAAGUCUGGCAAGCACCAACUGGAGCUUCUGCGGCUGGGUAAAAUUGCGGAAGAUAGCCCGCUGAGUAAGAAUGCACUUGUUAUUGAGCAGACGAGCCAGGUAAAGGGCAUCCACACGCUUCUCAUGGAUCCGAAGACCAACCGCGAAGACUACAUCUUCUACUUCGACCGCAUCGUUUCACUCCUGAUUGAAAAAGCGGUCGACUUUCUACCUUUUACUCCGGCACAAAUCCAGACGCCGCAGGGCCACCUGUAUAUGGGUCUGCACAAAAGCAAGGAAGUGUCCGCAGUGAUUGUCUUGCGUGGUGGUUCGGCAUUCGAAACUGGGCUUAGGAGGACCAUUCCGGACUGCCGGACGGGUCGUAUUCUUAUUCAAACAAACUAUCGCACGGGCGAGCCGGAACUCCAUUACCGCGCGCUGCCUGCGAACAUUGCAGAGCAUGGGCUGGUACUUGUGUUGGACCCGCAGAUGAGCAGUGGUGGUGCGGCAUUGAUGGCUGUGAAGGUUUUGGUCGAUCAUGGAGUUCCCGAGGACCGAAUCGUGUUCGUGACGUACAUGGCUGGAAGGAUCGGGGUCAACCGUGUCCUGAGAGUGUUCCCAGAGGUCAGGUGUGUGGUGGCGCGGAUGGGCGAUGAGAGGGAGGAGCGGUGGAUUGAGACCAAGUAUCUGGGAUGCUGAUCUGUUGUCGGACAUAGGCCGACCUGAUAUGAAGCUACUUGGUCCUGGCUACAUUUGCCCUCAUUGGAGUAUCACGGAAGCAUAUGCAUUGGUCGAGGCAAUCUCAUGACAGAUGACGGCAUUGAGCGUUGGGAAGGGUAUCAUUCAUUGUAGCUGCCAAGGGUAUCAAAGGAAGUACUCGGUCG